AUGCUGGGCGCACCCGCCGUAGCGCGCCUAUCACACGGUCGCAAUUUGCCCUUAAUGCGCCGACAUGGACCUCGCGAGGCUCGUCGGGGCCUAUCAGACCCGUGCACGGAGCACUGGCUAUUACCAUAUUGGGCCAUCAGCAUUCCGCAAAGCCUUGUGCGGGAGCAGAUUCGGGGGGAGGUAAAACUGAUGGCCAUUGGGGAGGAUGAGAAGGCUGGGAACAUUGACCGCAGGUUGUGUUUCCAGUACCGUGAAAACCGCACUGGCUUCCCGCAGCAGCGUACCUUGGCUCUGGGUCCGUCAGGACCAACCGUUAUCGACGAUGACCUUGAAGUCCGUACAGUUUACUGGAUUUGUGUAGCCUAUGAGAAAUUCUUUGGAUGGGCGAUCUUCACAAAGGUUGUCAAGGAGGGACAUGGAAUGGACCUCGCACCAACUUCAGGGGUCUUCGAACAAGAUACAAAUCUCCAACUGGAACUAGUACACACCACGACAGACCACACCGGCACACAAUCCAGCAGGGCCCUGGUGUCCCCACUUUCACACGCGAGGCAGACGCCAUUUGAUUAUGUGCAUGAAGUCAUGGAUGCUACGCGGUGUGGUGGACCGUCAAUUCGACCCCCCUCCCCCCUCGAUGCCAUUCACCAGUUGACGCCUGUCGAGUGCCCAGUUGCAGAUUGGCUCGCCCCUCGAACCGCAACUCUCUUUGACCAUGAUCUAUGGAUUAAACAGGUCUUGAUCGGGUGCAUGUAG